GUGAGUCUCGAGCUCCUCAGACGGAGUGAGCUGCAGCCUCAGACCUUCACCUGACACACACCUGAGGAACCAUGUCUGCUGUCUACCUUCUCCUGCUGCUGCUCCCUCUGGUGUCAGCACAGACCUAUCACUGGGGUCCCUGUCCUACCCCCAAAGUCCAGCCCAACUUCAACCUCCAACAGUAUCUGGGAAGGUGGUAUGAGAUUGCAAAGCUUCCUGCGUCCUUCGCAAGAGGAAAGUGCAUUGAGGCGAACUACGCCAUAAGGACAGAUGGUACCAUCCAGGUGCUGAACUCUCAGUUCUAUAAGGACAAGGUAAGGGUGGCAGAAGGGACAGCAAUAGUUCAGGACCCGAGAGAACCUGCCAGACUUGGAGUCAGCUUCUCAUAUUUCACUCCCUACAGCCCAUAUCUGGUUCUGACCACUGACUACACCAGUCUGUCCGUUGUGUACUCCUGCACGGACAUCCUCCGCCUGUUCCAUGUUGAGUACGCCUGGAUCCUCGGCAGGUCACGCUUCCUGCCUCCAGAGACGGUGCAGUACGCCAAAAACCUGCUGACCAGCGAAGGCAUCGACCUGUUCAGGAUGAAGGCCACAGAUCAGACAGGCUGCAAGGAUAACUAGGGACAGAUGGAGUCUCCCAUUCACUGAACUGUAACCAAGCACAGUGGAUGUGGCAGGGCUUGACACUUAUAUAAUAUUAGGGCUGUGCAGUGUAGUAUGAACAUAUUGGGAUCAUGAUACUGUUACAAGAGGAUGCAAUUUUUUUUCAGAGAGCAAGGUGGUUCAGUCGGACAAGGUGUUGUAUAUCUGCAUCUUAAUGUUGUUCUUUUUUACAUUUUAGAGUUGCUAAAAAAAAAAUUAUGGGAAGAAAAAAUAAAACUUAAUGAUACAAUUUUAA